UAUAUAUAAAUAAAAACUAAAAACUCAAAGUAAUACGGGUUUACUAUUCACGGCUCGCACUUAAUCAAUUUUGCAAUAUAAAUUCGAUAAUAUAUUUUACUAGUCGACUUUUUUUUUAAGCAUAAAAUACUUAAACAGAAGAUAUUUUAUUUAAGUAUAAAAAGUUCUGUGUAUAUUAUAUGUUAUUUGCUGAGAGUCAACUAAUUCUGAUUAAUUUAUGUAAUAGAUGUGAUAUAUAUGUGUUAACAUAAACAGAAUUAUUAAUUUUUAUUGUUUGACAUAUGCAAAGAAAGAUUAGAUUAAGAAUGAAUUAUAUAAUUAGAAAUUUUGUUAUAGAUGAUUCUGUUCCAAUUGAAUUAAUCAUUUAUUAAGUUGAUCAUAAUUUGAUCAAUUUUUUCUUUUUCUCGAAAAGUACAUAGACGAGAUACUAUUAAGGACCAUGGGUAUUUUUAUGAUCAAAUGGGGCUAGUGAUAAUUGAAUGAUAUUGAUAUUAUCGGCCGUUUUGCUGCAUUGAAGAUAAUUACACUAAUUAUUUAAUUUAUAUACAAUUAAUUUUAUUCAUCCAGUCAUUGUUUUGUUAACGAAAAUGCAUCGACAGAAUCAUUAAAGACCAAUUAGUUUUAUAUUGGAAAAACACUCGCUACACGCUAUUGUAGGUAAGUAAAUCUUUGCAUUGUCGAGAUGAUAAAAUAGUAAUCUUACAAUAAAAUGUAUAUUUUGUUGUUCUUAAAGCAGUUACAUAAGAGAUCUAUACAUUCUCGACAGUAAAAACAAUAACUGGAUGAACUAAAAUAAGGCUCAGCAAGUUUUUCUUUCAAUUACACUAAAUCUCAUAAGACUGCCGGUUUUUAAUGAUAUCUCGUCGCGUUGAUAUAGAUUUAUAGAUAAUCCAUUACAAAGUGAUUCUCGAUUUAAGUGUUCGAAAUAUUAAUUUUUCCCGCCAAUGUGACAACACUGCGCGCAAGCGGACGAAUUCAUUGGACUCUGGUAAACUUCAUCAUAUGCUUUCCAUUGUCGCGCGACAGCUCGCAGCUGUCAAGUUACGUGGAUCAUCGAUGAUUGUAUGAUCCCAUCGAAACACACUUCUCGUCUAGCAUCUUCCGCUCCAAGUAACUCCGAGACCGAGAUCAUCGUCUUGUUGCGUGUUCGUCCUCAUCAUCCUAUAUAACGUAACCUAUUUCAUGCGACGUUUGCAAAAUUGUCAGUCUCGGUAAUAUUGUCAUCAAUUUCGCGAAUAAAUCCCGCCAAGAAAUUGUCGUGAUAGCUGUUUUCACUUGAAGUUUGCAAUGUGCAAACAUUUCGCGAUUUGACGGUACUGAGACGGCGACGAGAAAAUCAACUUGUGACAAUUGUACAUUGUCAAAUUUGUAAAUAUUGCGAAUUAAGUGCGAGCCGUGAAGAUUUUUAAUAAGCUGGGCGAGAAAUAUAUAGCGACGAGUAUAGGAAACUGGGAGAUAAGAUCUGUUCGGAGAUAACAGUGGGCUAUAUGGUAAGGAUGAAUAGAAAAACUAACAGUGCGACAGCCAGAUUGAAACAGGAUUAUUUGCGACUCAAAAAGGAUCCAGUACCAUACGUCCUUGCGGAACCAGUGCCUUCGAAUAUAUUAGAAUGGCACUAUGUAGUCAUAGGACCAGAAAAGACUCCAUACGAGGGUGGUUUUUAUCAUGGAAAGCUCAUAUUUCCAGGAGAAUUUCCGUUUCAACCACCUAGUAUUUAUAUGACCACUCCAAAUGGUCGAUUUAAAGUCAACACAAGAUUAUGUCUUUCCAUUUCCGAUUUUCAUCCCGAUACAUGGAAUCCAGCAUGGAGUGUAUCUACCAUUCUUACAGGCUUGCUUAGUUUUAUGAUUGAGAAAAGUCCCACACUUGGUAGCAUUAAUACAACAGAUUAUGAGAAGAGACAGCUAGCUGCGCAGAGUUUAGAAUACAAUCUGAGGGAUAAGAUGUUUUGUGAGCUCUUUCCAGAAACUGUUGAGGCGAUCAAAACUGAACUAGAACGUCGAAAAGAGCUUGAAAAACAAGCAAGGCAUCAGUCCACUGCAUCCGAGGUCUCUUCCUUGAUACGAGAUCAAUUACAGAGAGAACAGAGCCCAUUACAUAGCGCACUGGCCAAUCUCGUCGUUAUUAUCGGCUUUGCAGCAUUCGCGUACACAGUGAAAUAUGUACUGAGGAGCAUAGCUAUGGAAUAAGUCGGAAUCUGAAUUUCAAAUCGUAACGAGCACGAAAUGGGAGAGUCAUAGCGAUCAUACGUGUACAUUUUGGAAUGCGAUGAAGAACACAAAAAGAAGAUAUUAGGCUCCAAUAUUUGCCUAUUAAUCUAUCGUUCAAAUCUGUGCAAUAUACGGUUUUGCACAGGAGAACUUUUUCCAGCGUGAAAUUUUUGAAUAGUUUGAUAGAUUUUUAUAUCAAAGUUGAUUGUAACAUACAAGCUGUAUUGUAACCGCGAAUUCUAUUCAAGCUAUUCAUCAAUGAGGAAGAGUCAUCGCAACCUCUCUUAAUUCAAUUGAAAGAGAUGUGUAACAGAUGAAACAAUUUAAUCAUAGUGGCUUCCCGCCUCUUUUAUAUCAGAUUUGCACUCUUCUAAUAAUGUAGAGGAACUAAGUUUCUUUGCUUAUGGUGCUGCAACAUUCUUCCUUUCAUGAAAUUUUUUUACACUUUUAAGAUUAAUUAGAGUCAAAAUAUAUCCAGAGAGAGAAAUACACAUUUUACACAAUAUAUCUACCACCUAGUCUUGUUACAGAGAAUCUCUUGGAUAGAAAUGCACAAAUUUAUUGCACUCUACAAUGUGCCAAUGAGAGUAAGUCUAAAAAUGUAAUUAAAGAUCAGAUUAUGCUUGAUAAUCUAACUUAUUCCAUUCAUUGAACAAGUUUAUUUUGUAAAUAGAUAUUGUAAGAACAAAGAAGCACGUCAUAUAUAAUAGAAAUAGUCACUAUAUUAACAUAACAAAUUAAUCUGCCGAAUGUAACUGUAUUCAUUGAAUCAUUACCUCGAGACUUUCUUUAAAAAAAAAAAAAAAAUGGUUUAAUUAGCUUUUUCGCUAUGAAUGGCGUAUGUAUAUAUACAUAUAUGCCUUUUUAUUAUAUUUAUUUUUGCAUAUAAGAUGUCAAUUAUUAAUAAUUGAAUAUUUGAUUGUGAAACGAUUUGAUAUCCGAUAAUAUCUCAAUCUAUCUAAUGGUAAUGUGGCAAGUUUUUAUAAGAUAUGAGCAAAACUUUUCACAACUUUUUAUUUUAAAGUAUUUGAUACAUUUGAUGCAUCAAUUUUAUAAAACCAAAAUAAAUACUAAUGUUGUGUUGCUAACAUCUUUUGUAUCGCAAGGUGAUAGAGAGUUUCAUAAGUCAGUAGCAUAUAAUAGUAAUAGUUUCAUACCGAACAUACAUAGCGAACGCUUUUAGUCUCAAGCGCGCUGUAUCGUGAAAGGGUUAAUAUAUUUCUCAUUUAUUCUUUAAAAGACUCGUGGGAUUAUUUUUCUAUUUUUUUUUUUUUUUAUACAUGAAUUUCUUCCAUUUAAAUAUUUCCAAUAUUUCUUCCUUCAUUGGCACAAAGAAAAUAUUUACAAGGUGUGCAGGUAAAUUCACUCUCUUCCAUAAUUAUUAUUUAUAUUAUAUUGAAAAAGAAGGAAUAAAAUUUUUUCUAACUUUUGGAUAAAUGUUAAAGUAUGAUUUAACUAUAUUGAAAGUAAAACUAUAAUUAAUUUUUGUAUAUUUAUCAGUGUGUGUAUGAUUGAUUUCUACGAGCCACAAUCUUGAAUUUUAUUAUACUUAAUCCCUCAACAGUGAUAAAAUACAAUAUAUGCUUAUACAUAUUUUAUCAUCAUAUGUAUAAACAUGGAGUAGAUAUUGUAAUUAUAAUAUAGUUGAUAUGACAAAAUAAUGUAAAUAUAACAUUAUUAUUGCUAAGCACAUGAACAUGUGGAAUAUAGUUUACUUAUCUGAGAA